AUGCAUCGUUUUGAGUUGAGAGAAGAUCUGCAAGUCAGAUCCAGUCUCUCUGAUUCACCAUCAGCAAUGGCUCGUUGGCUGCUUCAGAUCCUGAUUAUCUCUUCUCUUCAUUUGAUUUCUCCAUCAAGUCAACAAGAGACAAGGUUUGUCUACGAAAACUUCAGCGCCCAAGAAAAUCUUUAUCUUGAUGUAAAUGCAACUGUACUUCCCAGUGGAUUACUGCAGCUGACAGACGCUUCAAAUAAUCAAAUGGGUCGGGCUUUCUACAAGAAACCAAUUCAGUUAAGUUCCUCUGGACCACUCUCCUUCUCAACACAUUUUGUGUGUGCUCUGAUGCCUAAGCCAGGUGUUGAAGGCGGCCAUGGUAUUGCCUUUUUAGUAUCUCCUUCUAUGGAGAACCCGACGGCACAAGGAAGAAGAUACUUUGGGGCUUUCAACGCAUCAACAAAUGACGUUUUUGCUGUUGAGCUUGACACUAUUUGGAACCCAGAGUUCAAUGAUAUCGACGCUAAUCACGUUGGGAUUGAUGUGCACAGUCCAAUAUCUCUAGAUUUGGCUUCGGCAUCUUACUAUUCCGACAAGAAGGGGAAAAACGAAAGCAUAAAACUCUUGAGCGGAAACCCUAUACAGGUCUGGGUGGAUUAUGAAGGCACUCUGCUCAAUGUCUCUAUUGCUCCUAUUGAAGUCCAGAAGCCAAGUCGGCCUCUUUUGUCACAUCGUAUCAAUCUCUCAGAAGUUUUUCCGAAUAGAUCAAAACUGUUUGUUGGGUUCUCUGCAGCAACAGGGGAUGCGAUCAGUGGUCAGUAUAUUCUCUGGUGGAGUUUUAGUACUGGCAGAGGAUCACUGCAGCGACUUGACAUCUCAAAACUUCCUGAAGUUCCUCGUCCUCAAGCUCCAGCUCCUCAAGCUCCACCUCCACCUCCUAAAGCUCCACAUAAGAAGCUCUCUCCGGCGGUUAUAGUCUUGUUCGUCUGUCUUGUUAUUGUGGUGUUGGCUUUCCUUGUAGGAGUGUUUUUCCGGAGGAGGAAAAAGUAUUCAGAAGUAUCGGAAACAUGGGAAAAGGAGUUUGACGCUCAUCGGUUCUCUUACAGGUCCUUGUACAAAGCAACAAAGGGGUUUAGCAAGGAUGAGUUUCUCGGAAAAGGAGGUUUCGGAGAGGUUUAUAGAGGAGAUCUCCCACAAGGCAGAGAGAUAGCAGUGAAGAGAGUGUCUCAUAAUGGUGAUGAAGGUGUGAAGCAAUUCGUGGCUGAGGUCGUGAGCAUGAGAUGUCUGAAACACAGGAAUCUGGUUCCACUUUUUGGGUAUUGCAGGAGAAAACGGGAACUUCUUCUAGUCUCCGAAUACAUGCCCAACGGUAGUCUUGACGAGCAUUUGUUUGAUGACCAGAAAUCAGCUCUUUCUUGGCCACAAAGACUUGUGGUUGUUAAGGGAAUAGCCUCUGCUCUGUGGUACCUCCAUACAGGUGCUGACCAAGUUGUUCUGCACCGAGAUGUCAAAGCUUCCAACAUUAUGUUGGACGCCGAGUUCAAUGGAAGGCUAGGGGAUUUUGGCAUGGCGAGGUUUCAUGAGCACGGAGGCAAUGCAGCUACGACAGCAGCCGUGGGGACUGUAGGGUACAUGGCACCAGAGCUAAUCACAAUGGGAGCUUCCACUGGAACUGACGUUUACGCCUUUGGUGUUUUCAUGCUUGAAGUAACCUGUGGGAGGAGACCUGUGGAACCACAGUUGCAAGUUGAGAAACGACACAUGAUCAAAUGGGUUUGCGAGUGCUGGAAAAAGGAUGCUUUGCUUGAUGCUACCGAUCCAAGAUUGGGAGAAGAAUAUUCACCGGAGGAAGUGGAGAUGGUUAUGAAACUGGGUUUGCUCUGUUCGAAUAUCGUCCCGGAAUCUAGGCCUACGAUGGAACAAGUGGUCCUAUACCUAAACAAUAACUUGCCUCUGCCAGAUUUCACGCCGUAUACUUUGGGGAUUGGCACUUUUGCUCCGGUUCUGGUGGACGCAGCCUCGCUUGUAGUCUCAUCCGCUUCAUGGAGGUUGUCAGGUCCAUCGCUAACUUCUUCAUCCAACUACUCGCCUUAUGCUUAUCAGACAACAACAGAGGAUCAGCCAUGGGGACAGACAUUGGAUACUAAGAACUCUCUUCACUUUGUUGCAGAGCCAGAGAAGCCUAAAACGCAGACUUUCACACCUGCUGUCAAAGCGGCCACAUUGCCUGCAGAAGCUCUUGAGUCCAAUCUUUCCAACAUCAGCAAUCAGAGGUAA